AUGUCCCCAAUCAAAAGCGUGGCUGUCAUUGGCACGGGGCCUGCCGGCGCCAUUGCCGUGGACGCCCUGAUGCAGGAGAAAGCAUUUGACAGGGUCCGUGUGUUCGAGAGACAAGAGAAAGCUGGUGGGUGCUGGGUAUCGCGAAACGAGAAACAGGUGCCCUUGGAUGUCGAUAAGCUAUCCGCAAGGACGGCGGAUGCUCCUAUCCCUAUUCCGACCCAAUUUCCUGCAUCCACACCAGCAUUGGCCCAGCAUCGCUAUACUGACUCCCAUAUCUACCCGAACUUGCAUACCAAUGUGGAUGCCUCGACCAUGGAGUACUCGCAGGAGUCGAUCCCGGCUAUCCGGUCGGAGAUGUCAAUUGCGCUGCAUGGACCUGACACCCCUUUCCGCCAUCACACAGUGAUCCGCCAGUACAUUGAGGAUCUCCUGAACCGCAAUGGCUAUCAAGAUCUUGUAGAAUACAACACGACCGUGGAACGUGCGGUCAAAGACCCCAAGACCGGUAAAUGGGAACUGAUCCUGCGCCGGGCUGGCAAGCCUGGUGGGUAUGAUUACUGGUGGAGUGAGAGUUUUGAUGCGCUGGUGGUUGCCUCGGGGCACUACUCUGUGCCUUUUAUCCCCUCUAUCCCCGGCCUGAAAGAAUGGAUCGACAAAUACCCAGAGAAUGUGUUGCACACGAAGCAGUAUCGCGGUCCCGAACGCUAUCGCGGAAAGAAAGUCGUCACUGUUGGAGCUUCGGUGUCUGCCGCAGAUACCGCGGUCAGUCUGAUCGGCUCCGCGCAAUCCCCCAUCCACGCUGUGGUUCGCGGUCGGUAUAACCCUUACUUUGGGGAUUGGGCGUUCAGACACCCUUCCAUCAGUCGUAAACCACCAAUUUCACGCGUUGAAAGUGGAAAUGGACAGCGGACGGUGUACUUUGAAGAUGGAACCUCGGUCUCGGAUGUGGACUAUAUCAUCUUCGGAACGGGCUUCACCUGGGCAUUGCCAUACCUGCCGGAUAUCCCGACUAGAAAUAACCGUGUUCCGGAUCUGUACUUGCACAUCUUCCAUCAAAGCGAUCCCACCCUUGCAUUUUUGGGAGCGGUUGGCGCUGGAUUGACUUUCAAGAUUUUCGAAUGGCAGGCCGUGGCUGCGGCGCGAGUCCUGGCUGGCAAGGCCCAAUUGCCACCCUUGGAGGAACAGCAGAAAUGGGAACAAGAUCGGAUCGCAAAGAAGGGUGAUGGACCCGCGUUCAGCACCAUCAACCCGGACUUCCGGGAGUAUUUCGAGACUCUUCGUCAAUUGGCGGGCGAGCCCAAGGCAGGCGAGCCGGGGCGUGUCCUGCCUCCGUUUGAACAGGAGUGGCUCGAUGUGUUCAAUGCUGGACAUGAGCGCCGGAUUCGGAUGUGGCAGAAGGCCAAUGAAGCGGCGGCGAAGAGUAAACUGUAA